UGACUCUGUCUAAUGUCGUCUGUGAUUGACAUUUCGUAACAAAACGGAUAUUAGCUGAAGUCUGAAACUGAAAUAAAGACUUGUGAAUAGUGAAUACAAAGUAUAGGUAUAAUUUUUUUAAAAUGACAAUAUUAAGAGGUAUACCUAGAAUAUGUAAACUAUAUACUUUGUUAAAUAGCAACAGUUCAAAAAAUGUUGUCGUAAAUAUUGUAAGAAACAAUAAAACCUUUGCUCAUUCCAUUCGAGUGAAAAAACCCAAAACUCAGGAUCCAGGAGAAUUAAUAAAAUGGGUAUUAUUGAUGAUACCAACAACAUCAUUUGGCUUGGGCUGUUGGCAAGUGUAUAGACUACAGUGGAAGCUGGAGCUAAUAGAUAUGCUCCAUGCAAAAUCGAAUUCAACACCAGUUCCUAUGCCGCAUGAUUUUGAAGAACUUGAAAAGAUGGAAUACAGACCUGUUAAAGUAAAGGGAGAGUUUCUUCACGAAAAGGAAAUCCUCAUAGGACCUCGUGCUCUCAUUGAAAAUGAUGUUAUUAUGCAAAGAACUGGAUCCCUUAUAUCAGAUCCUAAAAAAAAUCAAGGAUGGCUAGUUAUCACUCCAUUUAAAUUAUCAGAUAGUGGAGAAGUUAUCUUAAUUAAUCGUGGCUGGAUACCUCAAAGUUUACGCCCUAAAGAGAAACGACAGGCGUCUAUGGUAAAGGGUGAAGUAGAACUAACUGGGGUAGUUCGACUUACUGAAAAUCGAAGUCCUUUCAUGCCCAAGAAUAAUCCUGAAAAGAAUUCUUGGCUGUACAGGGACUUGUCCCAAAUGAGUGCUUACUUUAAUUGCGCGCCUGUUUGGCUAGACGCUAAGGGUAUCCCAGAUCCACCUGAAGGUUGGCCUCUACCGAAUCAAACCAGAAUAACCAUGAGGAACGAGCAUUUCUCGUAUCUCGUGACGUGGUAUAUGCUAUCAGCUUUUACAGCAGUAAUGUGGCAUCGUUACUUUAUAAGAAAACUCCCGUUAUUAUAAAAUAAUAAAGUUUUAUGUAUAUAAGAAUUAAUAGCUAAAAAUAAAGUAUGUUUAAUCAGUA